AUGGGAUACACCGGAGAAACUGUGGAAGAAGUGUUAGGUUUCUACAAAAAGCAUGCUAGUGCAAUUGGAUUUUCCAUAAGGAAAACAAACAUAAGAUUCAAAGCUGGGACAAGAAUUGUGCUUGAAAAAAUAUUUCUCUGUUCAGGAGCAGGAGUAACAAACAACGGAAAGAACAAGAAGAAGAAAGUGGAAACAAUUGUUCCUGUUGUGCCCAAAAAGGAGAGAAAACCAAGGCAUGUUCCAAUUACAAGAACCGGAUGUAGGGUUUGCUUGAGGGUGAAAAUGAAUUCUCAAGGGAGGUCUUUCAUCCACGACUUCUUUUUAACUACAUGCAUGGAAAUUGAAGCUGGAGGGGAAGAAAAUUUAGGGCACUCGAAAAAAGAUCAUCUUAAUUACUGCACGAGGUUAAAAAUGAAGCAAAUAGAAGGAGGCGAUGCACAAGCAGUAACUGACAUAAUGUAUUUAGAGCUUGAAGGUGACCCAAACUUCUUUUUUAGAUUUAGAUUGGAUGAAGAAGGUAAAUUGAGGAGUUUGUUUUGGAGGGACUCUAUGAUGAUGGAAGAUUAUGGAAUUUAUGGAGAUAUAGUGGUCUUUCCAGACGCAAGACACAUAUUAUGUGUAUGGCAUUUACACCAAAAUGCUAUUACAAGAUCUAGGGCAUUGAAUCGAGAUCCAACUUUUAAGAAGACAUUCAACUAUUGCUUGUAUAAGUGUGUCACUGAAGUUGAAUUUGAAACAAACUGGAGAUCAAUGUUGCAAACAUAUGAGCUGAUAGGGGAAGAAUGUGAAAGCACGAAUCACGCCAUCGACUUUAGAGAAAACAGAACAACAAGUUUAACCGACAUCUAUAGUUUGUUGAAAGGAACAAUACAACGUUGGAGAAGUACCGAAAAGGAAGCUGAACUCUCUUGUAGUAAAUCAGUUGCAUCCCCGACUUUACCACUAUCUGGAUUGCUAAAACAUGCAUCAGAAGUUUACAUGCUGUCACUAUUUAGAGACGUUGAGGAGGAAUUUGGCUACUCGAUUGCAACAACAGCAAAAUUGAUUUGGACACAAGGUGAAUCUCAAAAGUUAAAGUUUUCCAUUUUUGAAAAAGUUAAAUUUACUACUACUAAUGCAAGUAAUACUCAAUUCUAUGUCGUAUCCAUUGACGAAGAACCUUGGUCUGCACAGAGAGUAACCUACAUCUACGAGAGUCAGACAGUAUCAUGUACGUGUAAAAACUUUGAAGAUUCAGGAUGGUUGUGUUACCACUGCAUCAGGAUAUUGCACCUUCAUUCAGUAAACUGGAUUCCAGAACAAUACAUAAAAAAGAGGUGGACAUAA